AUGAGUAAAUUUGAUCAUCAAGAUAACCAGCCAAUUUCGAAUGAUGAAUUCAAUAAGAAGGUAAAUGCUACAAUUAAUUUAUACAAAUUUUCUGUUUCUCUAAACGAAUCGACGAAACCAAAUUCUGAAGAAAGUUCCUUGAAUAAACAGAAAAGAACGGACGUUGAAUCCUUUACGUCGAUAGAUAGUCCUGUCUACAUGAUGACACACAAAAAGCGCAGCAAAUGUGUGGUAUUCGUUCACGAAAAGUUGGAACAAAAAUUAUGCGAUCCAAUAAAAUGGAACCGUGAUGAAGCUAUGAUAAGCAAAACCUUUUCAGCUCUUUGGUUUCGAAAUUGUGAUUAUAAGGAUUUGAAUUCAGUUGAAAUUACAGAUAUCACUGAGGAAUUAAAAUAUGAAGAUCACAGUGAUUCUGAUUGCAUUUGCAUCUUUAUUUUAACUUAUGGUAAGAAAAAUGGUUGGAUAUAUAGUUUCGAUGGAUUCACUGCGGAUACUUGGCCGUUUUAUCAGCCUCAUAAUCAUUGUGAAAAUAAAAUUACUGGUAGUAAUAUAUAG